CUGACAUCCCCAGAGAUACUGGGACCAGCAGGUGAGGGUGGCCAGUGCGGCCCCAGUCCCACACUGGGGCAGGUCUGUGCGUCCUCAUUCACCAUCUGUGCCUGAGCUGGGGGACAGUGGGCAGCCACUUCUGAGAGCAUUUAUCAGCUUUUCACCUCGUUGGUAAAACCCCUGCACAGGCCUCCUUCUCAUCCUUCUGACAUGAGCAGACUGAGGUUAGGCGCUGGAGGGACGCAGACGAAGCCACACCAUCGAUGGCCAUCAGGGCUUGGGCCCAGACCCUCCGACCUCAGAGUUUCCUGGCACCAGACCCUCUUCUUGGCCAGACUUUGGGGCACUGCUGACCCAUGCUUUUUCCCAGGAUUGUUCUGGGUGUCCAAGUUACCCCUGGUGUCAAGAAGGAGACCAUGGGACUUCCCUGGUGGCACAGUGGUUAAGAAUCCACCUGCCAGUGCAGGAGACACGGGUUCGAUCCCUGGUCCGGGAAGAUCCCACAUGCCGCGGAGCAACUAAGCCCGUGCGCCACAACUAACUGAGCCCACAUGCCACAACUACUGAAGCCCGCGUGCCUAGAGCCCGUGCUCUGCAACAAGAGAAGCCACCGCAAUGAUGAGAAGCCUGUGCACUGCAACGAAGAGUGGCCCUUACUCGCAGCAACUAGAGAAAGCCUGCGUGCAACAGCAAAGACCCAAAGCAGCCAAAAAAAAAAAUUUUUUUUUUAAAGAAAAAAGAAAGAAGGAGACCAUGAGUGCCAUUGGUCAGUUUUGUCCAGCAUGGCCAGCAAAGACAUACUGUAGUACCAGCUGAAGAACUGCUCAUAGCUGACAUCACAUGGCGCUGGGCCUUUCAUGUUCUGUCAUCAGCACUGCCCUCUAUAGAGUGCAGCCCGUGUGUACACACACCUGUGCUCACCUGCAGCUUCUCCCGGCCAUAACAGUUUGAUAGGAGAGAGGUCUGGCCCAGAAGUGGCUACGUGACAGCGCCGAUAACUGUGGCCAAAAUUGGUGUAAGUGAACCAGCUAUGGCUUCUCUCUGAAAACACAUCUUUGAUUGGAGCAGACUUUCGUGCCUUAGUGGCCUUGAAGUGUCACCUCUGCUCUGGUCUGUGGCCGCUGCAGGAUUGCUCUUAGCCUCAUCUUCGUGCAUAGAUUGGAAAGCUUUGCCCCUGCCUCGCCCUUGAGUGCCUCCUGGUGGGCCGCGUUCUGAGGACACUGCGUCUUGGUGUCCUUCCCAGGUGCUCAGCUCUUCAGGCACUCUUGUAGACUCGCUCAUGUUCAUCCCCUUAUGCAACUCUGGCAAGCUGCAAGGCCUUGCACCUGCUACCUCGCCGCUCAAGGGCUCAGUCUCCCCAUCGGGGUGACCGUGAUAGUGACAGCACCUCCCCUAGGCUUGUUCUGAGGGUUGAGUGAGCUAUUUCAGGAAACAGUGCUUGGCCCGGGGCCUGGCAAGAGGUGAGUGCCCAGUCCACGCCAGGCAGCGUGACUGUUGCAGCCACUUUCCCAGAGAAAGGUGAAUGCUGCUGUCAACUCCUGCCAUGCUGGGCUCCCGACACUGAGGGAGGAGACUCUGACAAGUGAGAGAGGGGCCGCCUGGGUGGCAACAAGCUCUAUCUGUCAGGAGGCAGUUAGCAGCAGCCUCCAGGGCCCUUUUAGGGUGAGCGGGAAUCUGUGGGCCCCCUUCCCUCCUAGUUCUGGAAGACCCCCCACCCACCCACCAUGAGGCUCCCAACAGGAAAGUGCAGAGGCCUGGGCUCAUGACAGGGCUGCCAUCCUGGCAUGCUGUGUGACUUUGGGGGUGCCACUUGCCCUCUCUGCACCUCCUUCUCCUCUGUAGAAAUGAGGCUGAUGAGGGUGUCUGCCUGGGCUGGCUGGUCUUGAGAGUCAGUUCGGAGGAAGGGUGUGGUGUGCCCACCCCAUCCCCCUUGGGCACGAUUACUGUUGUCACCAGGUGCCCUAGGCUGACCUGGUGCCUUCUAACUCUUGCUCUUCUGAGAUGUAAUCAUCCAACAGGCCAAUGUGCACUCUUGCAUGUGUAACAUUUACUGUGAAGGGGGAUCAAAGCAGUCCAGUUCACGGUGGAGAUUUGUUCUUAAUGACUUUAAGUCAGUGAUGGGGACGGAAGAGAGGGUCCUGGUGAGGAGAGAAGAGGGAGGGCGUGCCUCGAGGCCCCACUUCCUGGCUGGAGCUACGUCUGUGGAGAGGUCUGGGCCUCCACCUCUUCGCUCUGCAAUGAGAGGAACUUUAAGCCCCUCCGGCUCUGAAAAUACAGGCGCACCCUCCCGUCUUGCAUGUGGCUGGGCCCAGCCCUGAUCUCCAACCCCGGUGCAGGCUGCCCCCUGCUCACUGUCUCCAAACUUGCCGGUCCCCCACCCACCGUGCCGUCCCCUCUGACUUGCAACCAGACGACAGCGCAGGCCUCACUCCCAAGCCCACUCCUGGGGAGUUGCCCCUUCCCACUGGGCUUCUUGAGGAAGGGUCUUCUGAGAAGGAAGGUCCUCAUAGGCCACCAACCCAGGGGAUCUCCACGACCACCAGACGCCAAGCUGCAUCCCUGUUUGCAGCCGCGGGACAUAGUCCUUCACUUCCCAGUUGGACCCUUGUCCCCUGGGCAGAGCCAUGACCUCGGAGACUCUGACCUCAGUCUUGAGCCCCCAGCCCUCUCCCCUCUCACCUGCCUACACUCACACCUGCCCAAGCUCCCCCUCCUGCCCCUGAAUUGCCACCAGCCCCCCUCCAGGCUGAGGUGACAGCUGCCUGGAAGGGAGCCCCUGGCAUUUGUCUGUAAAAUUCCUCUGUUAUUAAUUUGCAACCCUUUUCCUGGGAAAAUCUCAGGCUUGAGGCAGAGAGGGCCUUGAGCAGCUGUGAGGCCCCAGGUUCCUGGCCUGUAAGGUAAACUCUUUCAGAGGUUUUAACAGGGGCUGAGAAAGGACUCUCUGAAAGGUCAGGGUAGGGGGCUGGUGUCUAUUGCCAGAGUGGUGGGUGCUGGCAGGGUUAGACUGAGGCCCCUCCUCCCUGGCCUCUCCCAGGACCCAGCUAGGCCCCUGACCAGACUCCCUCUCACUCCCUGCCCCACCUUCCCUUCUGAGCACAGGCCUGGCUGCCUCCCCAGCCUCUGCAAGGGUCCAAAUAUCUCUUGCUCUGCUGUUCCUGGAGAGCCGCUCUGCCUGGUCCUGCCUCCUCUAACUCCCAAGCACACAUCCUGGGAGGUACCCCUCAGCCUCCUUUCUAAAGUUAACUUUUAAUGACAUAAGUAAUACGCGAGUAGAUUCUGCUUGUGAAAAAGCAAAAUCGACAAGUCAGGCCAAAAUCCCCUUUGAGGCCCACCCCUACCUGGCCCUCCCUCCCACACUCCUGAGCCAAUGACCAAGUCAUGUGUCUUCGCCCUGCGUCUCCUCCAAGACCCCAAAGGCUCUCCCUGCUUCUUGCUCAGGAUUCCUCUGUGCUCCCGUCACAACUUCUCGGGCUCUCUCCGGAAGAGUCUGGGUCAUCAGGACACUUAGAUCAAAUAACAUCAUUCUCUGCAUUGGUUGUUGGAGGACCCCGCUCACAGCAAGCUGUUCUCUCAGACAGGGCCUAGCUAGUCACUUCUGUCCUGUGUCCUGUUUCUACACAAGCACUUUCCCCAGUUUUACGUGAAAUCAAUUUAAAAACAUUAUCUUGAGUGAAAUUUCAUCAGAGAGUUUCUUGUCCAACCUGUCUGCCCCUUGGAAGAAUGCUGUGGGUAACUAUGCAUGCUCUUUCAUGGAAGCCAGAGUCGCUCUCCGUGGAGUAUCUCUCUAGAGACCUAUAUUAGCUUCUCCAGCCAGGGAGGCAGGUGCAUGGGUCUGAGCCCCCGAGUCUGGGACCUACUGCAGUGGUGGAAAGAACACAGACCACCUGGGGUUGCCCUGGAGGAGCUUUGAACAAGUCACCCAGCUACCUGGGCCCAGUGUCCUCUUGGUGGAGUGGGGGUGACAGUAUUGGGCAUACAGGAUUCUUGAGAGCCAGUGAGACAUCAGACCCAUGUGUCUACUUUGGGGCCUGGCUUGCUAUGAACCAACCACAAAGAGCUCAAUUAUUUCCAUUCUGAGAGCGAGCAUCUCCCCUUCCCUGACAAGGCUCAGGGCCUCAGCAGGCUUACCUCCUUUUCUGGUUGGGUAGUGUGGACACUGGCUGUGGGCACUCACCCUGCAAGGCCAGAGGGCGGGCUGUGGUGCUGAACGGACAGCUCCCGUCCCUUUGGCUUUUGAUGAGCGGCCAGUGCGUGUCUGCCUACAAGAAGAUGAAGGAGCUGUCGGUGCUGUCACUCCUCUGCUCCUGCUUCUACUCACAGCCGCAACCCAACACCGUCUACCAGUAUGGGGACAUGGAGGUGAAGCAGCUGGACAAGAGGGCCUCCGGCCAGAGCUUUGAGGUCAUCCUCAAAUCCCCUUCCGACCUUUCCCCGGAGAGUCCCAUGCUCUCCUCCCCCCCCAAGAGGAAGGACACCUCCCUGGAGGAGCUGCAGAAGCGGCUGGAGGCAGCUGAGGGGCGGAGGAAGACGCAGGAGGCGCAGGUGCUGAAGCAGCUGGCGGAGCGGCGCGAGCACGAGCGCGAGGUGCUGCACAAGGCGCUGGAGGACAACAACAACUUCAGCCGCCUGGCCGAGGAGAAGCUCAACUACAAGAUGGAGCUCAGCAAGGAGAUCCGCGAGGCGCACCUGGCCGCACUGCGUGAGCGGCUGCGCGAGAAGGAGCUGCACGCUGCCGAAGUGCGCAGGAACAGGGAGCAGCGAGAGGAGACGUCCGGCUAAGGGGCCGUUUGGACACCGCGGCGCCUGGAUCCCGAGAUGAGACAGGAACACGUCUGGGUUUCGGUUUUGUUUUGUUCGACUUUGUCUAGAUGCGGCUUUUGCUCCCGUCCCUCCUCCCCUCCUGUUCUCCCAGCUUCAGCUUCUCUUUCCGCGUUCCGAGCUGUCCAGCCCUCGUGGCAAGGCUUUGCCCACAGGCUCUCCCUGUGGGGCCCCCAGGGCGUGGCACUCAGCCCCGCAGUUCAGGCCCCAGGCUGGCCGUGGCUGGGUCCCCUCUCGGCAGCCCUCUUAGUGGGCGUGGCGGCGACCUCAAGAAAUCCAGCGGUGGUGGCAGGAACACGCAGGUCGUUGUGCUGUGAGCGCCUCGUCACUUAGGGCACGUCUUUUGAGGCAGCUCCUGCCGGUAGGCAGGGCCACCUCCACCUGGAUGUCCUCCUCUGGGAGAGGGGCUGGGCACGCAGGAGUAGGCGGAGGAAGACAGACUUGGACAGAGAAGGAUCUCUGGGCAGUGGGGGGCAGGUACCCUGUCACUGGCCAGCCCUGGGAAUCCCAUGUGCAGUGGUGCUUUUUGGAACUGGUGGGUAGGAGCUGCAGCACGCUUUAAUGUGGUGGCACAGGGGCCCUCUGAGACCCCCUGGCCUGAGGUUGGCACCCUCGGCUGGCCUGGGAGGCUUCGGUCAUUGCCCUUGGCUGGAGUGGUGGUGGGGUGUGGCUUGGCCUGGGUCUUCAGGGGAGUGGGCAUGUUCCACCAGGGACCUGUGAGCGAGCUGCUGUGGUCUAGAGGGUUGUGGGCAGCAUGGACACGUGCCGGCCCCUCCUCCCAGAAGGGCCUCCUCCUUCUGGCCCAGCACCUGUGUGGGGAAAGCCAGCCUCCCACUGUCCCUUCUCUCCUCCACGCUUUGCGGAUGCCCUUGGAGGACCCAUCCUUAUAUCCCUUUGGAGUCUCAGCCCCCUCCCGUGUGCCCUCUGCUCUGGUCAAAAGAUGCUCCCACACUGUUCCUGGCCACAGGGCUUUCAGGCGCACCUCUGGACAGGUGGCCCAGUGUGAGUGGGUGGCAGCCACAAGUGCCCCUCUGGGAGCCCUGAGUAGAUGCUGGGGGGCGGGGGACCAGUGCCUGAAGAUUCAGAUGUCGGGGGGCAGGGGACAGGGUUCCCAAGCCACCUCCUCCGUCCUUCCAUUCCUGGCUGGUGGCCCACUCUGGCCAGCCUGCAGGUUGGAGGCCUGGCUCUAUCUCCUGCCAAGACCCUGCUCGGCUGGCCUCCUCCCCCUCCCUCAGUCUGGGGGGACCUCCAGACCCCCCAGCGCCAGCCUUUGAGGACGGCUACCUGCUUGGACACAGCAGCAGCCUCCUCUUCUCCCUGGCAGCCCAGCUCCACGACUGGGUGCUGGGGUCCGAGUCCUCGCUGGCCAGCCUCUUGGUGGAAAGCCUGAGGUGUUUCUUGCAGGAAGGACCCAGAGCCAGUGCCUCAGAAACCAGAUGAUUGCAGCCCUCAGUGCCCCUGGCUUUCAUUCUACAGAAACCUAUGGGGACACUGCUGGUGACCUCCCAGAGCCAAGCCAGGGAGCACGGGUGGGUACUGAUCCAUUGCAGUGGGCUUCUGGGGAAGUUGGGACCUGUGCCCCCCAUCCCUGUCCCCACUGAGACAGCCCCCAAGGGAGUGACAAGCCAGGACUGGAACCCAGCAGUGCCCACCGGUGGCUUCUGUGGGACUCAGAAAGGGGAGCGGAAAGGGCCUGAGGGUUGGAUUUCUCUGAGCGGUGGCAGCUCUUUCAUAGCGGAAGCCCUAGUGUAAUACAGCCCAUCUCAUCCACGUAGUAAAAGUGAACUCAAAAAUUAAAUCAAAUGAACAAUUUAAACAAAUGCGUG